AAGCUUAGUCUAUCAUAACAAUUGGAGUUAUCGUAAAGUAUACAUAUACAAAGUAGGAAUUCAAUCUUUAUGACAUUUCUAUUUAUGCACAAGUAUGUUGUUUUGUGAAUAAUUUUGUGCAAGUCGUUAGCCAUUUAUAUUAUAAAUGGGAGGAGGAUUGUUGGAACAUUUAUACAUAAAUGGACUUAAGUGUACAAGGCAAUGAAACAACAUUGGAUACCUUGUGUUCUUGGAUGCUCUUAGUUGAUUAUGAGGGAUGUUACUAGUCAUUGAUUUAGCAUUAAUCUUGAUGGUUAAGUGUAGUAUGUUACAUGAGGUUUAAUACUCAUUAACAUGCUAAUGAAUUAAGAUUUUAAUGAGUUCUUCAAUGGUGUUUCAUCACUCCUUUGUGACUAAUGGCAUCCUAGGUUGAUGGCUAUAAAUAGGCCAUUGUAGUUCACUUGUGAAAGAGAUAGAAAAAGGUGUUAAGUGUUCUCUCCUCUAAACACUUGCUUGCUCUUUGAAUUUCUAGCUAAUUUUCAUAGAGUGUAAAUCACAAUCCAAAACACAAAGUCCUUUAGAAUUCACUUUGAUUGAUCAUAUAAGUGAAUUACAACUCCAUUGUAUCUCAUUAGUUAUUUCGUGGUAACCCGGUGAUCCUAGUGGGGCGAAAUUAAACUAAUAGGAAAGCGUAGAUUCCGUUCCUUGGAGUGAUAUAUCCGGUUCUCUCAUUGAUCACACCUAACAACAACUUUGUUUAUUGUUUGAUCUCGUGAAUUUCCUCACUAGCUUAGCUAUUAUUGUGCUUUACAUGAUUUAGUUAACCCUUACUUUUGAAAAAAUAAAAGAUAUUACUUACAUAUAAAUAAUGUGUCAAAUCUAAAAAAAUUAUAAUUAAUGUUAAGAUUUGAUAACAAUAAUCUUCUUUAUUGAUACGGGUGAAAUAAAAACAUCUACCGGUUACUAAGUUAGAUAUCAAGAAAGUAGCAUAUUAAGGAUAUUUAAACAGACACGGAGGAGUUGGUUACUUGCACAGACGACAUAAAAAAAUAACAGAUUUAUCAUUAGAUAACAUUUGUGUAUGAAAUUGGUUCAUCUCAAAAUUUAACCUGAAAAAAAGGAAACUCAUUUCAGAUAGGAAAACUCCAAUCAUUUCAGUUUAUUUCAAAAAAAUAUAUAAUUUUAAUUACCAUUGAUGAAGGAGUCAAAAUAUGUACAAUUUUAUCACUAACCAUUCAAAAACUUAUAAAAAGUUUAUUUCCAAUAAAAUUCCAACUAACCACACACCCAAAAAUAACAAAAAAAAAAAACUCAAUACCCCCAUUUUACCAAGUAUAAAUAAACCUACCCUACCUUCCCCUUUAUAUUCCAUCUUCCUAACACCAAGACAAAACCUCCAUUCUUUCUCUCUCUUCCUAAAUUGCAAUCCUCCAUUUCUCAUUCAUUCAUACAUUCAUAAAAUUUGAUCAUUUUAAACAUCCCAUAUAAGAGACAUAGGCCCACAAAAAAAGGUAUCAAAAAGAGGAGAGAUAAAAUGUAUGAUGAUACAGAGGCAGCUUCUUGCUUUGACCCCAACAACAUCCCUGAAGUAGCUGCUGCAACUGCUAAUCUUACUAUUAAUGGAAAUUCUUCUGCAAUUCAAGAUCAUGGCUUUUCUUCUCAUGAAACAAACACUAUGAAUAUGAUUAACAACAACCACAACAACAACAACAAUCAUAUACAUAUUCAGGAAUCUGAUUCCUCUAUGGAAUUCCAAAACCCUAAUAUGGGUAACAAUUUUAGUACCCAUUUGUUACCCAACUGCAAUUCUACAACUGAUCAUGAUCUUAAUACAUGGGGUCCCACAAAUAAUGUUAACCACCAUAACAAUAAUAAUAAUAAUAAUCAUGAAAUGGGUUUUACUCAUUUUGAUGAAAACAUGCAACCUACAACUGAUCUUCUGACACUUCUUCAUUUACCUAGAUGUUCUUUUACCUCCUCCUCAAGCUCUUUACUUCCCCCUACUCAAUCUCUUUCCUUUGGAAAGCCGCAAUCGCCGCCGCCACCACCACCAGCUUUAAGCUUUGUAGGGGAGCUUAAUAACCCUAAUAUGAUGGUGGAUAAUCCAUCAGGGUCUGGCUCUUCUACCAUAUCUUAUGAUCCAACUGCGGCCGCCGCGGCGGCCGCAUUGUCAUAUGACCCUUUGUUCCAUUUAAACUUACCCCCUCAACCUUCCCCUCUAUUGAGGGACCUUAUGUUUCAUCAGACUGUAUUACCACAUACAAAUGCACAUGGGUAUAGUAGUGGAAGAGGGAAUGGGAAUCUAGGGAAUGGGAAUGGGAAUGGGAAUGGGAAUACUUCUUCUUUGUUUGGUGGGAUGGAUGAUGUUGAAGGUAAUACUAUCAAUGGGAUUGCUGGGAUAUACCAAGAUGGAGAUCAUCAUAUUCAUGGUAAUGGGGUUUUUGAGUUUGGUAAAGGGGAUGGUAAAGGAGGUAAAUGCCCUAAAAAUUUUGUUACUGAGAGACAAAGAAGGCAAAACUUCAAUGACAAGUAUCAGACUCUUAGAGGCCUAGUUCCCAACCAAACCAAGGGGGAUAGAGCAUCAAUAGUUCAUGAUGCAAUAAGCUACAUAAAAGAGCUAAGAACAACAGUAGGAGAACUAAAACUCCUACUUGAGGAGAAGAGGAUGUCAAAGGAAAGAAUAAAAAGACAUAAGCCUGAUAAUCAUCAAGACACCACUGGUGGUACUAGCACCAAUGGUGGUGUGGACAACCUUAGUAAUGGCGUCGACGGGGCGGCAGCUGUGGUGAAACCUGACCCAGAUGAGGAGUUUAAGGGUUCAACCGCCAUCCAACUACGAAGUUCAUGGAUCCAGAGGAAGUGUAAGGACACAGAAGUUGAUGUUCGGAUUGUGGAUGAUGAUGUUACCAUUAAGCUUGUGCAGCGCAAGAAGAUCAACUGUUUAUUGACUGUUUCUAGAAAUCUUGAUGAUCUUCACUUGGACUUACGCCAUGUUGCAGGAGGACAUGUUGGGGAUUAUUACAGUUAUCUUUUCAAUUCUAAGAUAUGUGAAGGGUCAUCAGUGUAUGCAAGUGCAAUUGCAAAUAAGCUGAUUGAAGUUGUGGAGAGACAAUAUGCUGCUACUUCUGUUGCAGUGCAAGCGAAGCUAUGAAGUAUGAAAGUUGGCAAUAAUGGGUGUAUGGAAAUUACUAAUUAUCUGCCUCUCUAUGAAAAUUGUCUGGUUUCACUAAUGCACUUUUUACUAGUUUUUAGCUAGCUAAUUUGUAAUCAAGAACAAUAGUUAAGUGUAGUCUACCCAUUUCAAAGUUAAUUAGGAAAUUCUAACCAAGUUUAUUGUUGCCUUGUUGACAUAAUUAUGCUACUAAUUAGCAUUUGAUUAGUUGUGUUAGAUGCUACAUAUAUACAUUGGUCCAGUUGACAGUUUCUUAGCA